AUGUUUAAUUUCAAUAUUGAAUUGGAUGAAUAAAAUAUUGAAUAAAAUAAGGAUGGUCUGGAUUAUGAGGAAAGUUGUGAGUAUAUAAAAGAGGAAUAUUCAUAAUAAAAUCACUUUCGAACUCAAAAUCCAAAAUUAAACACUUAAGUUUAAGUAGACAGAUAUUAGACUUUGAUGAAUUAAGAGUUUAACACUAAGAACAUUCCAAAGACAUUUGGAAAUAACUUUAGAAAGUUUAUGGAAGAUUAAAAAAAAGAGAACAAAGAGUAUUUUUUAAUGAAUCCUAUGCAGAAAGAAUUGAUCAAUUUUAUUAAUAAAAAGUAGACUUCCAAAUCAGCUUAAUACACUAUUCAAGAUUUUAGAGAUAUCUUUCAUUGUCAUCAAACAAAUUAAUGGUUUCAAUUUUAUGUUGAGAAUGUUUUGCUAUUGGAUUUAAUUAAUUCUAAUAGGGUUGAAGAUCCAGAAUAAUAUGUUAAAUUUAUAGAGCAAUAUUUGGCAGGAGCUAGGGACCCACUAAAUUUCAUUUCAAAUCGUCCAAUCCAAGAUAAAAAAUAGAACUUAAAGAUCAAAAAGGAUAAAGAGAAAUAAAAAGAAAUUUAAUAGAUUUAAGUCUAAAAUUUUCAAUAUGUUGAAUAAAAUGUAGAAGUUUAAAAUUAACAGUCCGAUUAAGAAAACAAUUAAGAAAAUUUUAAUGAAUUCCAAAUUAUGAAUAACUAGGCUUAUGUUAGUGAUAAGGAAUUUAACGAUAAUAGUGAUUGA